AAAAUCUCAGCGGAGACUGCGAUUGGAGGAGCACCUGGCGGACAGACGUGAAACAAUAACAAUUGGUCAUUGCAGCAGCUGUCAAGUGGCUCACGACGGGUGGUGGGUUUUUCCUGGAUUUUUCGGCGAGCAGGCGACUUUCGGCGAAACAGGUCGGCCGUCGACGUAUGCGGCGAGGUCUGACGAGCAACAGCACCCUUUGAUGCCAAGAUGAGCUUCUUCUUUGGCAAUCGAUCUUCGAAAACAUUCAAGCCGAAGAAGAACAUCCCAGAGGGCACCCAUCAGUAUGACCUGAUGAAACAUGCAGCGGCCACUCUGGGCUCAGGCAACCUCCGACUGGCCGUUAUGCUGCCGGAGGGCGAAGACCUCAACGAGUGGGUCGCUGUCAACACUGUGGACUUUUUCAACCAAAUCAACAUGCUGUAUGGGACGAUAACCGAGUUCUGCACUGAAGAGAGCUGCGCCAUCAUGUCCGCCGGUCCCAAGUACGAGUACCACUGGGCAGAUGGCCAGUCAGUGAAAAAACCCAUCAAGUGCUCAGCGCCCAAAUAUAUUGACUACCUGAUGACUUGGGUUCAGGAUCAGCUCGACGACGAGGCGCUUUUUCCCUCAAAAAUUGGCGUUCCUUUUCCUAAAAAUUUCCUCACCAUUGCCAAAACAAUCCUGAAAAGGUUGUUCCGGGUGUACGCUCACCUCUAUCACCAGCAUUUCUCAGAAGUGAUGCAGCUCGGUGAGGAGGCUCACCUUAACACUUCUUUCAAGCAUUUCAUUUUCUUCGUCCAGGAGUUCAGCCUAAUAGACCGAAGAGAAUUAGCACCACUGAUGGAGCUGAUUGAGAAGCUUACAAAUAAGGAAGGACGCUUGUGAAUGCUUUCAUAUCUUGUGAUUUCGUUUACUUCAUUGUCGAGUCCACAAAAAAAAAAUUAUAUUUAAGCGGAAGAUGACUUUCUCUGUUAGUGAUUUGGGCUCUAUUCAUUUCUCAGCAUUAUUUUUUAAAUCUGCCAUCGUUAAGUUUUAAGCACAUUUUUUUCACAGUGAACCAAAUAUUAAAUUUUAUUCAUUUCUAAAGUUUUUAACACUAGAAAGAGCAUGUGUAAUUUGUAAAGAUGUAAUCAAUGGUAAUUGAACCACUUCAAAACAACCUGAACACCCAACUCAAGAAUUGAUGUUUUUGUACUCAGAUAUUUUCUGUGGCGAGAUGUGUCCUGAGAAAAAAAUUAUGAUAAACUAGUCAAAAUUUCACUUAACCAGUGCCUCCUAAAACAAUAUUCCCUGGAAACAUCUCAGAAGCCAUGCACAGAAUACAAUAAGCUGAAAAGUGCCUAUUUUUGGUCAAUACUUGGAAAAAAUCUCUUGAUAGCUUGCCGAAUUUCGUCAAUGUUGUGAACUGUAACUAUUGAUGUUUCAGGCUACAGUAUUAACCUAAACACACCCACUCAUCAGCCGAAAUGAAAUCAUUCAAUAAUAAUCCAGCUGUGUAUUUUCAUAAAUCAUUCCGUGUUUUGCUAAAAAGUGGUCUCGAAGAAGUGUAAAUUUUGUAUAAAUAACCCAUUGAAAAUGUUGUCCAGGCAGCAUUAGUGCAUUAUUUAUUAGGCCCAUUUGUUGGAUCUUUUUAUGUGUAAAUAAUUUCAUUAAGUUAUUUUUCUCUUCCUAGUGACAUACUCCUUGAUCAAAGGAAUUCACUAAUUGUUGAUUUGUUAGAUUAGCUUCAUUGGCUAACAAAUUUCAUUUUUAAUGUCUAUUUUCCUGCCAAAAAUAAAGACGGAUUUCUCAAAAUAUCUUAUGCUUGCUUAC